CUUACGACCUGACUGGAUCCGUUUCAUGGAAAUCUGAGUCCUCUGCCUGAUCCCGCGGAAAUCGGCUCCACCUUCGACUCUAGCCCUCGGAAGUUCUAGACAUCCAGGAACAUGGCGACAAAGGCCGCUUUCAAAAGGCUCACCCGUGAGUACCAGAACAUCGAAAAGAACCCCCCGCCUUUUAUCGUGGCGCAUCCGUCGGAGUCGAACAUCCUCGAAUGGCAUUACAUUCUUACCGGUCCUCCCGGCACCCCCUACGAAAAUGGCCAGUAUUGGGGGACCCUGAUGUUCCCCCCCGAAUAUCCCUUUGCCCCGCCGGCGAUUCGUAUGCACACCCCAAGCGGCCGGUUCCAACCGUCGUCUCGGCUAUGUCUUAGCAUCAGCGACUUCCAUCCAAAGUCGUUCAAUCCGGCCUGGGAGGUUUCGACGAUUCUCAUCGGAUUACUUUCCUUCAUGACUAGCGAAGAAAUGACGACCGGCAGUGUCAGUGCCUCGGAGGCGGAACGGAGAGUAUUGGCGGCGCGAUCCAGGUGGUGGAAUUCCACUGGCGGGGGCUCUCAUGUCAAUUCUACGCCGGGGGUAACCCCUAGCGCCAAGGGUCUCAACAACGUCAAAGCCGGUGACGGGGGCCUCAAAUUCCGCUCGGAAUGGCCCGAGUUGGACCAAGAUAACUGGAAGUGGAUGAAGGACAAUCGCAUUGACACCAACACCGGCCAGCUGAUCCCUGAACCAGGCGCCGCCGCUACAAAAUGCUCGCCAGAAACCAGUGCUCUUCGCAGACGCCCUAACGGAAGUGCGCCCCGACUGGGCGCCGUAAUGGAGGGUGGCCAUGUAGCACGAGAGGCAGGCCAGAGCUGGGCUCGGCGGAACAAAGUCUGGAUCGGACUCGCGAUCUUGUUUGGCUAUGCUCUUGUCUCACGGCUGGUGAAUGAUGUCCAGGGCUGAGUUGGCUGGCUGCCACGAUUAAUCGGUUGAUAUCUUGUCUCGGAAGCUUUGAGAACAGCGCCAUAUCCUCUCUACGCACCCCAACUCUCGUCCUC